AUGGACUUUUCCAACACCAACAACCCAAAUCACAUGGAUUUCCACAGGCCCUCGUCGACGCUGUCCAGCAUCGACCGGAAACCCAACGCCUUUGCCUUUGACGACCAGCACACCCUGGACCACCAGAUCCUCGACACGCCCACCUUGAUGUCGCCCACCACCUCCACCCAGGGCAUCUUCUCGCCCGACGGCUCCAUCUGGGAGGACUUCUCGCAGCACCAGUUUGUCGACCGCACCGCCACAAGUUCCGUCGUCAACUCGAAUGCCAACAAUCCCUUCUUCACCGAGCAGAGCAACAACCCCUUCGCCCGUCUCCCCCCCAACCAAGCUGCCACCUACGGCCAGCAGUCGUGGCCCAUGGACAACUCGGGCAUCCGUACUCCAACGGCACCCAAGCCGUCGAAUCCCUUUGGCCCCGGCGACUUUGGUGUCCAGUCGGCCUUUGUGCCCCAGCAGCAGCAGCAGAUGUUCCACGGCCUCCCCGUCGAUGCAAACGUCCGGCCCAGCGCUGUCUUCCCCAACACGGCUGCCGAGCAGCCCAUGUCGCCGCACACCCACUCCGACUGGAUGGCCUUCAACCAGCAGGAGAUGGACUCGCGGCCCGGGCCGAAGCGCAUGAGGCCCAACACGCCCCCGCCCCGUGGUUUCUCUCCCCGUCGUGACGGCGGCAUCCGCAAGAAGAACGCCCGCUUCGACAUCCCCGCCGAGCGCAACCUGUUCAACAUUGACCAGCUCAUCGCCGGCUGCACCAACGAGGACGAGAUGAAGGAGCUCAAGCAGCAGAAGCGACUGCUCCGCAACAGGCAGGCCGCUCUCGACUCCAGGCAACGCAAGAAGAAGCACACGGAAGAGCUCGAAGAGGAGAAGAAGGGCUGGAUCGAGAAGAUGUGCGGCAUGCAAGACGAGUUCGCCACCAUGCGUGUCGAGUACGACCAGCUUGUUGCCGAGAAGGAGAAUUGGCAUCGUGAGUCCAUGGACAUGCAUCACAUGAUCAACCAGCUGCAGUUCGACAAGGAGGAGCUUGUCCGCAACCACACGCUCGAGACCGGUGAGCUUCGCAAGAAGGUCGCCGUCCUCACCGAGCGUCUUGAAAGCAGCUCUGUCAACAUGACUGUCGCACCCAGCACCACCUUCACCGACUUUGCUUCCGAGAUGGACAACCUCAACAUGGGCGGCAACGAGUGGGACAACUACAUCUUUGUCAACGACUUUGCCUCUGACGCCCAGACUCCCCGGGAACAGCCCAUGGCCAUCGUUCCCCGUGCCAAGGAAGAGAAGGAGCCUGUCGCGUCUGGUCUUCUGCUCAUGCUGCUGCUGUGCGGUGCUUUUGUCGCCAGCAAGUCUGGUUCCGGCGCUGCCCCGCCCAUGCCGCGCAUGCCCGACGAGGUCCGUGCUGCUUCUGCCGAUGUCCUCGACAGCAUCCUCAAGGAUGCUGGUGUCUCUUCUGCUUUCACCGAGCAAGGCCUCAUUGCCAACGCUGUCACCGGUCUCGAGCCUACCCCGUCCGGCAUGGCCUGGCCCAAGGCUACCAUGUCUGGCUCUGAGCUUGCUGGCAUCUCCGGUUCGCGCCUCGACCAACUGCACUCCCAGCUCGCUGCGCCCACCAAGGAGCAGGAGAACGAGCAGCUCUUCUCCAUCACCCCGGCCCAGUACAACAGCAUGACUUCUCUCGACUUCACCCGCCCCCGCUACAGCAUCGGCAGCGACGACGUCAGCGACCCGCUCUCGCCCUCGCAGCCAUCUCACCGCCGCAAUCUCGCCGCCACUCUCGCCGCCAUGCGCGAGCAGAACAAGGGCGAGUCCGCCGCCGAGGUCUACACGCGCAGCCUGCUCUGGGACAAGAUCUCUCCCGAGGUCGUCCACGAGUUCAAGCGCAUCGUCGAGGAAUCGACCGCCAUGUCGCGGCCCAGCACCUCGGAGGGCCUCACGGCCGAGGGAUGA